AUUCAGAUGCUUUACCAAGCGUUUCCGUUUGUCGCGAAAUAUUGCGCCAGUAACAACACAAAUUUGCAGUCGCUGCUUUAUUGCUGAAAAACCCCAAAAGAUAUUAGAUCAAACCUGAUUCUAAUGCCUAAGGGAAAGAGAAAAAGUAUUCAAUGUAGUCCAGCCCAGAAUGCAGUCUUCUCAGUGGAAACUUCAGAACAAUCCAUGGUCCUUAAAAAGUCAGUUAUCAAAGGGUAUCAUGCUUUUCAAAUAAGACCACCAUCAAUUACACCCCCAACACGUCUAACUGUAGAGCCUGAAUAUACAAAUAUCCAUGAUACUGAUGCCUGCUUGGUGUGGUUGCCGCCACUUGACUCAUUCCAAACAUUGUUACAUGAUAGUGUCACUGACCAAAAACGCCAGCUACGGUUGCGAGAUGUAGCAGGACUUCCAAUUGGCCAUGUUCCACGAGGGAUAGCUGGCUUUUUUCGUACCAUUAUGGACAAAGGACAUAUCGAAGCUGAAGUUACUGGUGAGCCCACUCAGAGUUUCCCACCAUGGCCGGCUCCAAGUUCUGAAGGUGGUGGGGUUGUGUUGCCAUGCAACUAUAUUAUAUUUCACCCAGAUAUUGAGAGUAAUUUUCAAAAACUUUCUGUAAUAUUAGAUAAAAUCCCAGAAGGCCCUGCCAUGACACUGAACAAGGAAUAAACAUAUGUAAAUUUUCAACUCUGUAAAAGCCAAUUAAGCCUAACAAUGCUAUCAUUAUUUUUUUCAAAGUCUUGUUAUUUUAAGGCUAUCACUUUAUUUUUUCAAAGCUUUGUUAUUUUUAAUGUCCAUUUUGCAGUUUCCAGAAGUUACUUAUUGGUCAUAUUUCUGAACCAUUUUUAGUUUCCUUUGUGCUUAGGUUUAGUACAGUUAAAGUUAAUUAGUAUUUUGUAUUAAUUUACUUGCUUUAUCACAAAUGAUUUUAUAUUCAAAGGUAUUUUUAUCAGAUGAUAAGCAUCUCACAUGAUAUAAAUCCAUAUUACAACAUAUUUAAACUCAUUUUUGCACUUUCGACAGAAUUAUUAAUCUUUCUUACACAUAAUGUGCCUUUAAGUGACUGAAAAUUCAUAAUGUUUUUAACCAAGCAAGUAUUGUUUAAAGAUCUAGUCAAUAUUGUUUUACAUCAUUACAUGUAUUUUUUUAGGUUUGACGUUGAACCAAGUCAAUAUUGUUUAAUGAUAUUAAGUCAUUAUUGUUUUACAUAAUUAAUUUUUUUUUAGGUUUGACGUUAAACCAAGUCAGUAUUGUUUAAUAAUCGAGUCAAUUUUGUUUUACAUAAUUACAUGGGUUUUUCUUUAGGUUUGACGUUGAACCAAGCCAGUAUUGUUAAAUGAUGUAGUUAAUAUUGUUUUACAUCAUUACAUGUAUUUUGUUAUGAUUUUGUUUGUUUAUAUCACAGAGUUUACUCAAUAAGAGAAAAUCAGUUGACAAUU